CGCUGGUGGCCGUCAAUGGAAAAUCCCGCCGCGGCGCGUGCAGAUAAAAAGUCCAAACCGCCACCAAUGGACACACACCGGCGGACAGACACCGAGACUGAGACCCGGACAGCCGCCCUGACAGACAUGAAGCCCGCCACAGUUGCCGUCCUGCUGCUCUGUUACCUGUUGGUGAAUUUGAUCCAAUCAGCUCCCGUCAGCUCGCCGUCCAACCCAUCAGCAGCGCUCACAGCAGCGGCGGAGCGAGCGAAGACGCUGGUGGAGAAGAUCCUUAAAGACGUCCCCACCGUGCACGCCGCGACCGUCACCACCGAGGGUCUGACCCUCGACGGCGCCGCACAGACCGCCAACCUGCAGAUGAUGGUGACAUCACUGGGCAUCCCCGCCGCACCCGUCCUCAAACCGCCAUCCGAACGCUUCACACUGGACGACUGUGUGAGUCACAUGGCGGCCGGCGUGCGGCUGCACCAGGGGCUGCUGGGAGUUUUAUCGGAGCGUCUGAGCGGGCUGAGCGACCUGCGGGCCGACCUCCGAGACCUGCUGACUCACAUCACCAAGAUGAAGGAGGCGGCUCAGCUCGGCAGCGGCAGCGAGGCGGGUCAGAGUCCGGACCUGGCCUCCCGUCUCCACGGUAACUACGAGGUGCAGGUGGCGACCCACCUGACGCUGACGCAGCUCCGCUCCUUCUGUCACGACCUGAUCCGCAGCCUCAGGGCUGUCGCCACCUACAGGCCCCGCCCAGCGGGAGCACUCUAAGCCCCGCCCACACUGCGUUUGGGGACACACAGGACGAAUCAGGAAUCAGCAGCUGAGCGGACCACCUGAGUCCUCCUAUUUUUGAUAUUUGAUAUUUGUGUUGUUUUUGUCAGCUGACAUCAUCACUCUUUGGCGUGAUGUUGCUCAAAUCAGCUGACCCUCACAGGAAGACGUUUUAUUUUGAAACAGGACUUCCUGUCCUGUGUGUUCGCACGCAUUUAGCUCCCAGAAAUUUCCCCCCGAGUGACACGUCCUCCCGCAGAGACGACCUUUGACCCCCUUUAUUACAGAACCAAUCAGAAAGCGGCGUCAUGUGUCUGCAGAUUGUGAUUUUAGACAGUAUGCCGGCACCACAGAAACUAAAGAGGUUUAACACAACAGCGUGGGCCUCUAGUGUGACGUGUUGACAUAUGUGUCAGCAAUUUUUUGUA